AUGCUUCAACAGCUUCUCUGCGUAGCUCUAAUAACUUUUGUUUCUAAAUGGCUGUUGCUUGAAGAUUCUCCUUGGCCAAAAGUAUUAAGCACCCUAGCUGAGACAGUAAAGAGUGCUCUUGACAUUUUAAAAAUAUGCUCUCUUACAUCACCUACACAGUUGCUGUUUUGUGAGAAAAUAUCCAGUCCUGCAUACUUACAUGUUACAGGCAUAAAUGUCUUACUUCAGGCUGCAGAAGGUGAGUUAAUGCCUGUUCCUGAUAUUCAGCGUGCAGCUCUCGAAAUAAUCAUAAAUUGUGUUUGCACUAAACUUCCAUCAUCAGGGGCAGAGAAUAGUUCUCGUCCAUCUUUAGCCUCUAAAAAGAAAGUACUCAGUCAAGAAGAGCAUUUAAGUAAGCUGUGGAAAAGUGUUCGGAUAAAAAAUGGCAUAAUUGUUUUAAUCAACCUUCUUUCCAUCAAAAGUCCCCUGACAGAUGCAGAUUCUAUCCGAGCUUUGGCUUGUAAAGCACUUUGUGGAUUAGCAAGGUCAGACCAUGUGAAACAAAUUAUAAGCAAACUCCCUUUGGUGACAGAUGGACAGCUUUUAGAUUUGAUGAAAGAACCUGUUCUGCAAGAUAAAGGUAAUGACCAUGUUCUUUUUUGCAAAUAUGGAUUGGAAUUAAUUCAGCGAGUGACCGGAGCUCCUAUUUCUGAAGGUUCUGAAUUAUCCAUGCUCAACAUAAAUAAGUCUGAAAUUGUAGCUAAAACCAAAGUUGUGUACAAUGAAGCUCAACUUCUGCAGUUAAUUUCAGACCAUCUUAAAGAACACGGUUUCUAUGAAACUGCUGAGUGCCUUCAAAGAGAAAUGAGUAAAAAGUUAAUCUCUGCUCCUUCAUCUUCUUCCAUCAGAACUCCGACUCGUCCAGCUUUGUGGUCUGUUUGGAAUGCAGGCAAAGAGAAAUUUCCAAAGUUCAAUAACAGUGCUUUAACACAGUCUUCAAAUUCUAGUUCUGCAAUGUCUAUUCCACCACCUUCAGUGCCUCUCCGAAUUAACAGAAGGCUCAAAGUCAUAAAUAAGACGCCACAGUACACAGAAAUAAAGUCACUUUCAGGCAGACUGCAGAAGCCUCAGACUUGCUCAGGAAAUUAUGUACAGUCACCUGCCUUGAGGCAUCAGGAAGCCAUUACUCCAUCUUUUGGUGGAGGUUCCCAGUCCUCAAUCAGUCUGCACUCCAUUGUGACGGAGUAUCUACGCAAGCAGCAUGCACUUUGUAAAAACCCUAUGAUUACAUGUCCCCCAUUUAACUUAUAUGUACCUCAUAAAUGUCCAGAACCCCAUUACAGACAGAAUGCUCCUGUAAAUUAUGUUUUAAGGCUGCACAAAAGAGAGAUGGCUACUGCAAAUGGAGGCAUAGGAGGUGCAGCUUUGAACAGAAAGCAUAUUUACAGCAGGUUCAGAUUAGUACGUACCUUUAGAGAUGUGGAAGGGAAUUUUGAUUUUUGUACAUCUUCAUUUUUAAAUUACAACUACAAUAAAAGACAUCCCAGGAUACUCAUUGGGACCGUGAAUGGCACAGUCAAAGUAUUCAAUGUAAACACAGCUAAUCAAGAAUUUAGUCAAGACUGCCAUGUUAGAGGUGUAUCACAUGUUGAGUCAAAAGAGUAUUCUCCACUUGUGAUUACAUCAGAUGGUGGUCGACUUGGAAACUCUUCUAUCUGGAAUACUGAAGGAGGUGUUGACUUGUUGCAUAAUUUUUAUGAAGUCUCACAUAUGGAAUUUGGAAAACGUACUGUAGACAGAGCUGUUGGCACAAAGCAUUCUUCUGCUUCUAUAUUUGACACUGCAACAUUUGCAGAGCUGCAGCAUUUUCCAAGUGAAGAACUGGGAAAUAACUAUACGCCAAACAGAGCUACAUUUGACUACUCUGAUCAGUUGAUUCUUUCCGACGGGCUUGUUUGGGACAUAAGGUCUGGUCAAAUGAUUCAUAAAUUAGACAAAUUCAAUGCUGUUCACAAUGGUGUGUUUCAUCCAAAUGGACGUGAAAUUAUAUCUAAUUCAGAAAUUUGGGAUUUACGUACUUUCAAGCUUCUACGGACAGUAGCUGGACUAAGUCAACGCUGUGUUACAUUUAAUCCUGCGGGUAACAUCAUAUAUGGAGUUUGUACCCCUACUGACAGUGAGUCCAAGAUGACUGAGAAUGAAAUAAACUGUUUUUAUGUUUUUGAUGCAGAUGACUAUAAUAGUAUAGCUACAAUAGAUGUAAAAAAACCUGUCUUCCAUGUAGCUGCAGAUUUAAAUGAACAAUAUGUUGCUGUUGUUGAGAUGCAGUCUACGGUGGAUCACUUUUCAGUUUCUGCAGUCGCUGGUGCUGACUCUGUGUGCCGAUUGUAUGAAAUCGGAAGAACCAAGGAGGAAGGCGAUGAGGAUGGUGAAGAAACUGAAGAUAGUGAUGAUGCAUCUGAUGAGGAAGAUAAUGAAGGAGAAAGUAUGGAAAUUGAAAAUGGAGAUGACGAUGAUGAUGACGACGAUAUUAAUCAUUAUUUUAUACAAGAGCUUUCAUCAGAAGAAGACGAUGAAACAUUAUUCUCCCUUAAUACAUCAGUGGAAGAUAAUUUGUGAUAUAUUUUAUAUAUUUUAUGAAGAAUGUAUUUACGUUACCUUGAUAAAGAAUUGUUAUAUAUUUA